CUCUACAAGGUGGCGACGGCGUCGCAAAACAAAACACCCGACGACCCGCUCCACUGCUUUACGGCACUUGCUCCGCCUCUCCAGGCGCCGGAAGUCUGAAGCCGGCAAACAUGGCUGCCGCCUAUUUCCUCAACCGCUCUGCGACUGCCCUGGCAGCGUUCUUGCUCUUGUCUUUCGGCAGCUCGGCCGCUAGUCAGAUCGAGGAUCAAGCAGAACAAUUUUUUAGAAGUGGCCAUACAAACAACUGGGCUGUUUUGGUUUGUACAUCCCGAUUCUGGUUUAAUUAUCGACAUGUUGCAAAUACGCUUUCUGUUUAUAGAAGUGUCAAGAGACUGGGUAUUCCUGACAGCCACAUUGUCCUGAUGCUUGCUGACGAUAUGGCCUGCAAUCCUCGCAAUCCCAAGCCAGCUACCGUGUUCAGUCACAAGAACAUGGAACUGAAUGUGUAUGGAGAUGACGUAGAAGUGGACUACAGAAGCUACGAGCAUCAACCUGAUCCUGCAAUUGGAGUCCACCUUAUGGAUAGAUACACAUUUUAUGUCUUGGAGUUUUUAGAGGAAAUUAAUCCAGCUAGCCAAACUAAUAUGAAUGACCUUUUUCAGGUGUGUCCCAAGAGUCUCUGUGUAUCUACUCCUGGACAUCGCACUGAUCUAUUUAAGAGGGACCCUAAAAACGUCCUGAUAACAGAUUUCUUUGGAAGUGUGCGCAAAGUGGAAAUUACGACAGAGACUGUUAGUUUGCAGCAGGAUUCAGAAACCACGGAUGGCAGUUACAAGGAAGACCAGACGGAGGAGGAGUUAAUAGAACCCCUGAAAUAUGCAGAACAACUUCCUGUAGCUCAGAUAAUACACCAGAAACCAAAGCUGAAAGAUUGGCACCCUCCGGGGGGCUUCAUUCUGGGACUGUGGGCCCUCAUUCUCAUGGUCUUUUUUAAAACGUAUGGAAUCAAGCAUAUGAAGUUCAUUUUUUAGACUCAAGGAUGUCUGAAGAAGAAUAUAUGGAAGAUUUUAACAUUGGACAAAAAUUUACUUGUUUUUACCAAUAAAUUACUCUCGUGUAAAUUGGAAAAAGUAUAAGGAAAUUAAAUUUUAACAAACUAUUGAGUUUAUACCUAGGUAAAAAUAAUUGUUAAUGUAAGUGCUUAUUGACCACUGAAUAUUUUCAAGUUUUCAUUUUGUGUGUUUUAAAAAAAAUGGAAUAAAAAGACAUGAAUAUAA